CGGCCCGUGGCAGCACAUUCGCCCCAUGCCGUCCGCACCGUCAGCAGCUGUCCUGAUCCUCGCGCUCGUUCUGGUUACCGCAGCCCAACAGGGAUUUGGCAACAGGGGACUGCCAGAAUGCGCAAACCAGCAGGUGUGCGCUGCACUCCACGUGCCGCUCAACCGGAGCCAGUCCUUGUGUGCCUGUCCGGGCAGCGCUUGCACCUUACGGCCCGGAGACCGCCUCGACGACCGCAGCGUAAAGCUCGUUUCUCAGGCGGCAAAGAAGGACAAAACAGCUUACAGCCUCGUCAAGGUGUGCGAGCCCGUUUCGACAGUGCGUCGCUGCCGGGCACCUCGAGACUGGCAACUCCUGGCCUUGCAGAGCGUCCGCACUGGCAGAGCGCAUUACCUAGUCGUGUGUCGCUGUCCCACGGGGGCCAAUCUCCUGGGCCCAGUUCGUCACGCAAGCCCGCCCUACGCAAACAUACCGGGUAUACGCGUCUACGGGAUGCUCUGCCACCAACAGCUACCGCGCACCUCUCGGGUUACCGUCGACGAGACACAAACUACAGAUCUGAGUCGUGACCUAGAAGAAGCCACUCCUGAGGUACCCUGGCCCAAGCUUCUACAUGUACUCAAACUUUCGGGCCUUCGACCAGAACCACAUCCUGGACGCUGACAUUAUCCCGUGAAGAGACGCCCAUACAAGUGUCACAACACUCGUCCUAUCGUGAUGUAUAUGUCCUGCGUGUUCUCCACUCAUUCUGUCGCUCUUUGUACGGGUACUUGGGACACGUGCCAGCAUACGGAUGAGCAGUUCACACGUUUCCGAAUGCGAUGACUGACUUACUGGAAUUUCGGGGUGCGACACCGCGGGGCACGUGAGUAACAUUAGCGGAUGCACUUGGUGCCCUCCACUUCUUGCACGAGCGAGAGAGCGUGCUUCCGCGAGCACAACAAUCCUUGUCUUCCUCUUUUGUCCCAGGCAAGCGUGCAUGCGUGCGUGCGUAUCGUCGUAGCUUGCUGCCCCGUAACCCGGAAGGGCAGCCACUGGAUCGACCACGUGAUCGUGUCUAUUUUUUAUUUUAUUUUUAUUUUUUCUAUCGAUGUGCACACUUGGUUGUUUGCUAUUUGGUAGGGAUGGGCCAACCUUAAUCCGCGAAUCCUAUAGGGAGGGAUUCGAGAUUCGCGAAUCUGAAUCACAGUGCCCAAAACGGCGAAUCGAAUCGAAUCUCGAAUCUUUCGAAUCCACCAACCACGUUCGUUUGUUUCUUUUUUCAAAUUGGCGCCUCCAGAGUCCGCGGAAAGGCUUAGGUUUGCCUAAUCCCGUUUUGGAAAGCCUCAUUGUUUGCUUGCUUGCUUACAAUACUCUAAAGGCUGAAGAGUUCAGGCAGGAACUGUUACGUUGCAAGUUUAAAAGUAACCUGGUUCUUGCUUGUGGUUGUUGGAUUUCUUGCAGUCGAUGAACGACACGUUAAAUAAAUUACGUUUAAGAAGAACUAUAUGGGCAUGCAUAAUGUAAAAAAACCCCGAGACUAGGGAACACGAAGGGACAGACACAAACACGAAGUCUCAAACACAGCUAGGUAGUCUCGGGGUUUUUACAUUAUGCAUCAUCUUCACCAGCUCGCUUGCUUCCUAGACAUUUUUUCAUUGUUAUAUUGGGUAUAUUUUCUCCUGAAUCUGAAGCAUCAUUUAGUUUGUUUUUCGUUAAACAAAGGUAUCAUAUAUUUUGCUCCAAAACACGCUUCACUAGAAGUUUUUUUUUAAUGGCUUUUUAAACUCUUUUUUAAAGAAAGGAAUCGUAAGAUUCGUGGAUUCGUAGAACCUUAGCUCCCUGGAUUCAGAUACGGACUCGAAAAAUUUUGGGUUCGUCCCAUCUCUACAGUAUUUGGUAUGGUUGAAGUGGACGUCAGCGUGCCCUUCUGAACUUUCUCGCAUUUUCUCGCGCAUGUACUGUGGCUGAACCUAUUCUUUGAUGAUUUCACUGUCACCUACGCAUACCAAGGAACGCAUAUCUGCGCUGCACAUUAACGGCAGCGCUACAACGCAACGAUGGAAUAUAAGUUGUAGGGUUCAGAGUUUUCGGCAUGUGCCGAAAACUGCCCGAAGACGACCGAGCCGAAAAUUUCGCUUUCUUUCCCCUUUCCUUCUUCUUUUUUCUUUUUUUUUUGAAAUUCGGCAUGUUCCGGAAAACUACGAAAAAUACUCUUGCAUAUAAUGCUAUACAUGCCGAAAUGCUGAUACCCGACUGCACUUUUCUUCCUCCUGGGAAUCACAUUUUCGUUUCUCCUCCACAUAUCGUUCCCAGGUGUAAUACGGGGAAUACCGCCUUACGGAGCUGCUGGUUUCUAGUUCAGGGAAAAGCCUUCCCCUGUAACAUCUUGAUCACUGGGUCAAGAGGGUACAAGUACACGUGGAACCCUCCACCAGGGGAAAGGAAAUUAUUUGCCUUCUCCAUGUCCUCCUACCUACUUUUUGCACAAACGUUUUAGAAUGCCGAAAAUAUCGGAAUUUGACGAAACAGAUAAAUGGCGAAAACCAACCGCCGAAUCCCGCCAGGAAUAAAUGCCGAAAGCGAGCAACCAGUGGCGUAUCUAGGGUGUGGCAGGUGUGGACAGGUGCCAUGGGCGCCAGGUGAACAGGGGCGCGAUUAUGUGGUCGGAUGUGAAUGUGCCAGGUCGGGCACUCAACCUGGCACAUUCAUAAAUGAUCUAAAGCACCCGCCAUUAGGGAGGUUGUAGUGUGAAACCUAGUGCGGACUACACGAAAACGCAUCCCCAAAGACAUCAUGUUAACCAUGUUGCCAUGGGCGCAGGUAGCUCUAGAUACGCCACUGCGAGCAACCCUAAAUCUAACGUAAAAUGAUGCGUAAAGUGUGAUCUUUCUCAUCUCAUCGCAACACAGCUACCUCUCCCACACCUCUUCCUCACGUACAUACUCCGCAAGUAGGUCAGCUGUCUGCGCAGCACCCCUGUUUCCCGCUCUCCCCUACUGUCUGAAGAGCUACCUCCUUGGUCCUUCGCCCAAACAAGAGGACGACAGCAAACAGCUCGAAGUUGCGAGGCGCAUGUGGUUUUGGUGGGAGUGCACUAAUGC